CCCCGCCCUCCGAUUGUUUCAGUCAUUGUCCAUGUAGCCUGCGUGCUAGCCAUAAAGUAGCGCUCUAAAUAUACAUUAAAUGUGUUACACGCGCAUCUAAACUCGUUGGAAUUACAACCAAACGUUUGAAAAGUUGACGAUUCAGCCAUGAGCAAGCGAAAAGCUCCACAAGAAUCUUUAAACGAGGGAAUAACAGACUUCCUUGUGGAGCUGGCCAACUACGAGAAGAACGUCAAUAGGGCAAUUCACAAGUACAACGCUUACAGGAAAGCAGCCUCAACAAUUGCCAAAUACCCCCAAAAGAUUAAAAAUGGCGAAGAAGCCAAGAAACUGGAUGGCGUUGGAGCUAAAAUAGCUGAGAAGAUUGACGAGUACCUCCAAACGGGAACCCUACGGAAAUUGGAAAAGAUUCGAAAUGAUGACACCAGCUCUUCUAUUAAUUUUCUCACACGAGUCACUGGAAUCGGCCCGGCUGCAGCCAGGAAAUUUUUCGAAGAAGGCGUGAAGAGUCUUGAAGAUUUGAAAAAUAUAGAACACAAGCUUAAUCAUCAUCAGCAGAUUGGGCUCAAGUAUUUUGAGGAGUUUGAGAAAAGGAUUCCAAGAGCUGAAAUGGAAAAGAUGGAGGCACUUAUCCUAGAAGAGUUGACAAAGAUUAACGGUGACUACAUCGGAACAAUCUGCGGAAGUUACAGGAGAGGCGCCACAUCGAGCGGUGAUAUUGAUAUCUUGCUGACCCACCCAGACUUCACCUCUCAGACCGAGAAGCAACCAAAGCUCCUCCACGCCGUGGUGGAACAUUUGGAGUCCGUCGGCUUCGUGACCGACACUCUCUCCAAAGGGGACUCCAAGUUCAUGGGAGUGUGUCAGCUGCAAAAAGGAGAUGAAGAUGAGGAAGAAUAUCUUCACAGGCGCAUUGAUAUCAGGUUGAUCCCCAAGGACCAGUACUACUGUGGUGUUCUGUAUUUCACCGGGAGUGAUAUCUUCAAUAAAAACAUGAGAACUCACGCUUUGGAGAAGGGCUUCACACUCAAUGAAUACACCAUACGACCACUUGGGGUCACUGGUGUGGCAGGGGAGCCUCUAUUGGUGGAAAGUGAGAAAGAUAUUUUUGAUUAUAUCCACUACAAAUACAAGGAGCCAAAGGAUCGCAGCGAAUAAAGACAAAGAAGGCUUUUAAAUCUAGAAAAUGGACUAUUGUGACACAUCCGCCAGCAUGCAUAGGUGUGUGUCUGUGUGGUGUGUGUCUGUGUGUGCGCGCGUGUGUGUGAAGACCUCCUCCAGUCCUCAUCAUAAUUUUUGUGCCCCGGCAGUACACAGUACAAUAUGUUUUGUUGUCAUCAAGGUUUAGCAAAAGAGCUGCGUGAAUAUUUGAAAUGGUGCUGUAGAAUUAAAUUGGGUGAGGACAUGACAAACCGUUUUUUUGUUUUAAAUUGUAAAUGCUUAAAGUAUUGCUUGUGAUGAUUAUGUACUACAGUGGGGUUUUGAUUAACUUGUGUGUGUGUGUUUUUAAUGAAUUACUGGCUAUUGUAGGUAAAACAAUCAUAUAAGAAAUUUUCAUUUCUCAAGAUCAUUUUCUUUUGACCAACAUGUUUUGUGGACUCAGGAAAGUCUUGCAGGGCUACAAAAUAAAGACAUGGGAGAAAAAAAUGAAAUUA